AUGUACGACGGCCAAGAAGAGCUUGACAAUCUUGUAUGGGACAAAAACGAUGACGACGGAGAUGAAUCACUGAAGCAAAUGCGACUCAAAACCAGAUGUCGCCAAGUGGAAGACCUCUCGGAACAAAAGUUUGGGAAAAAAGCAACACUGAUGUCGUCAUUAAUCAUUGGGGGCUUCAAUAUUCUUUAUAGAAUAUCCCUCGAGGGACUAACCUGCGAUGUUAUGGUUCGGCUGCCCUGUCCAAAUCUGGUCCAGUUUCCAGAGGAAAAGACCAUUCAGGAGGCUGCAACCGCAGGUUUCAUUGCGAAGAACACCCAAGUCCCUGUUCCCAAACAAUACUUCUACGGUCCAGAUUCUCCUGUCGGACCCUUUGUUAUCCUACAAUACAUCCAAAAUUGCGGAAGUAUGUCGGCGAGACUAACGGCACCCAACGACGACCCAAAUGCCCAGCACGGGAAGGCGGCCCGUUGUCUUCUUCAGCUCUCUCGACUUAAGUUUCCUCGAAUUGGAUCUUUAGUUGAAGCCGAAGAUGGCUCCUACAACAUCGCUGGGCGGCCCAUUACCCACAAUAUGGCUGACAUGGUCCGGCUCGCUAACAUCCCUCGCGCGGUUCUUCCCCCAAAAGACAAAGCAUAUGGCACUGCAGACGAAUGGUACGUCGCUUUAGCGGAGAUGCAUAUGGCGCAGCUCGUCUUUCAGCACAAUGAUGCCAUAUCGUCAGAGGACGAUUGUCGCAAUAAGUACGUUGCCCGCCAAAUCUUCCGGAUGUUGGCGAAACAAGGUCGACUUUCUACAUUUGGUUUCGCAGAGGAUGAUUGGUCUGCCCAAUCGGCCAAACUAGCAUCUUCAACCCUCUCCCCGGCUCCAUCUGGGUCAGAUUCCUUUCGACUGUGGGGUGAUGAUCUUCGAGCAGGAAACAUUCUUCUAACCGACUCUGAUGACAUCGCUGCUCUCAUCGAUUGGGAGUUCUCAUACGCUGCUCCGACACAAUUUGCGCUCGAUCCGCCUUGGUGGCUACUCCUCGAUCUGGCCGAGACUUGGGCCUCCGGCAUUGACGACUGGAAGCACAUAUACGAAAUGCGCCUCGAGACCUGGCUAUUUGCUAUGAAACGUGUCGAAGCUGAAGAAAACAUCCAAGACUUUCAUUCUCUGCCUGUUCCAUUGUCUACCUAUAUGCGAGAAAGCUGGGAGACAAGUCGGUUUUGGCUGAGCUACGGCGCGAGGAAGAGUUGGGCAUUCGACACUAUGUACUGGAGGUACCUCGAUGAGAAAUUCUUCGGCGACCGGGAAAGCGAUAUUCCUCAAGAAGCUUUAUGGAAGACCAGAAUACAUUUGUUAAGUGACGACGAGAGGCGGGCAAUGGAGCCGUUCGUGGAAACCAAGUUGAUUGAGUCAAAGGAAAGGAUUAUUGUGGACUGGGAACCAGAGAAAGCGAGAGAACGUUUGUCAGAGCUUCUCUUUGACUAA